AUGACUGGCCUCACCCUCCAAGACGGCCAGGCCGACCUUCCGUCUCCCACUUCCACAUCCUCGUACUGGCAUCGGUCCCCCUCUCAGACACUCCUGGGGCAUCGCACGACGGAAAGGCUACCCGAGACCGUGGAUGUGGUGGUUAUCGGCUCCGGAAUUACGGGGGCGUUUGCGGCGCGGGAGUUGGUGGAGCGGAAGGGGCGGCAAGUGCUCAUGCUCGAGGCGCGAGAGGUCGCGUGGGGUGCAACCGGCCGGAACGGCGGCCACUGUCAGCCGUUCGUGUACGGCUCCCAGCCGCACGUGGCUGCUUUUGAGCUUCGCAACUACGCCUUCCUCAAGCAGCUCGUAGAGGACAACCAGAUUCCGUGCGACUGGGUUACCACGACGGGCGUUCAUGGGCUGUACACCGCCGACCUCGUCGAGAUAGCCCGGAGGAACCUGCAGAGGCUGGCAGAAUUGGCUCCGCAGCUCGCCGCGCAGGUCAGCCUCGUCACGUCGGACGGGGAGCCGAGCUCUCGCGGGGCGCCGUCCUUAAGAGACCUCGGGCUUUCGGGUGCCAAGGGUGCCGUCGUUCAAAGGGCCGCCGCGUCUCUGUGGCCCUACCGCCUCGUGGCGUGGGUCAUUGAGGGUCUGAUUGCCAACUACGACAGCGCCGCGUUUAAUCUGCAGACGUGCACGCCGGCGCUUGAUAUUCAGCGAUUCGGUUCCUCGUGGAUAGUCCACACCCCGCGGGGCCAGGUCGCCGCAUCGGCUGUCCUGGUGGCCUGCAACGGCUACGUCUCCCGCGUCCUCCCCGACUUCACCGGCCUUGUCGUGCCGGUGCGCGGUCAGGUCGCCGCCCUAUCACCGGGGAGCCGCGUAGGCCCUGGCGCCUUGGAUCACACGUACGUCUUCCUCGCCGCUAGCCAAGGGCCGGAUCGGCCCGCCAUGGAUGACUACCUAGUCCAGGCCGACGGAGGUGGGAGGGAGUUGGUGUUCGGCGGCGGCCGCAUGCGAGGAUCCGACAAGGGCUGGGCCAUUUCUCGGGACGAUACGCUAGAUCCCGUGGUGAGGACACAGGUCUCAUGCCUGCGCCCUUUGAAUGGACGGGUAUCAUGGGCUACUCUGUCGACGGACUGCCAUGGGUCGGCCAAGUCCCCUCGACCCUCGGAGGGUGACGGGCUCUGGGUAUGCGGCGGAUACACCGGCCAUGGUAUGCCCGCUGCCUCCUUGUCCGCCGUUGCCGUCGUGGCUAUGAUGUGUGGAGCUAAGAGUGAGGAUGUUGACUUACCGCCCGAGUUCCACAUCUCAGAGGCGAGGAUCGCGAGGGCUCGCCAGAGCCGUGCCGUAGGCUUGGAGGCACCAGAAGAGCUCAUCGCUCUGAUUUAA